CGAUAGAAGCAAAAAUGAAAAAAAAGCGGACAUUGAAUCCGAAUUAUCUUCAAAUUCAGGAACAAGUUCGAUUACAACUGAGUGGGUUUCAAAACUUGAAAAAAAUGGAAUAGUUUUGGGAGAAGUAAUAGUUUAUGAACUUCCACUGCAAGCUCAUGAGAUUUGCAUUUGUGAAAUCUCUCAUUUAAUGAUCAAACAAUGCCUUCCUGUUAAACGGACCGGUGCUACAAUUUAUAGCUUGGGAGCAACUCGGACCCGUGCCAAAGGUUUUUGUAAAGAGCCCGAUGGAUCAUUUCGCCCAAAGAAAUCUGCAGUAGAUUCACCAAACGGGGGUGACGGAUUGAACGCACCAUGGCCCAAUAUCGUAUUAGAACUUUAUUAUGAUGGCGAAAAUCAAGUUCCAAGCCGUAUGAAAGUAUGGCAUUAUUGCGUAUCAGGUCCCUAUGUGCAACAAAAACUCAAACCCAAAAAUAAAUUCGAAUUUGGUACACACAAUGCAAAAGGGGAUCCAUUAAAUUACCAAGAAGGAACAUGCUUGAUCAAAAUUCCUUUAGAUUGUUUGUAUCAUGAUUUGGAACCCUCAAUUCAGGUUCCUAGACAUAUACUUACAGAUCCAAUUAUAUUGGAUUUUUUUUAUGUUAGGCAAGCGAUCCUUGAAUCAUACAGUUAUAAAUUUGGUGAAAC